CAACACAAUAAAACGGAAAUAAUGACGUCAGGAGCGAAAAGUAGUAGGUAAAUGGUAAAUCUGAAACUUGAAACUAGAGCAGUGAGCAUUUGCCAAAAAAAAAGGUCGUAUAUUAUUUUAUUGCAAGUUAAUGGAAAUACUUAAACACUAAACGGCACUACUAUCAAGUAAUAAUAUUUUAAAUUGAAAAAUAAACUGAGUAAAACAACUAUCUGAAUUUUUUUUGACAAGGUGAAUCUGUCAAAAUAAUAAGAUGUCAGAUUUUGGACCAAUCCAAUUGAAAUGGGACCCAAAAAAUUUGGAAAUUCGUACGAUGUCGGUGGAAAAAACACUGGAGCCUUUAGUACUCCAGGUGACGACGCUGGUAAAUACCAAGGGACCGAGUAAGAAGAAAAAAGGUAAAUCAAAACGUGCUAGCGCUCUUGUUGGAACUGUCGAGAAAGCGACAGCUAAUUUUAUAGAACGUGGGGAACAAAUAGCGUAUGAGAAUCCGGAUAUUACUGCGGAGAUGCUUUGUGCUGUUGAAGAAGUUCGUAAAACUGGAGCUGCUAUGAGUAUUGCGGCACGUGAAUUCUCAGAGGAUCCAUGCUCAUCAUUGAAACGCGGUAACAUGGUACGAGCUGCGCGUAAUUUACUGUCAGCAGUAACACGUCUUCUGAUUCUCGCUGACAUGGUUGAUGUUCAUUUACUGCUCAAGUCACUGCAUGUAGUGGAGGAUGAUUUGAAAAAACUCAAGAACGCGUCGUCGCAACAGGAGCUGCUGGAAAAUAUAAAACAGUUUGGUAGAAACGCAUCUGAGCUGAUGAACCAGGCAGCUAAGCGUCAGCAAGAAUUAAAAGAUCCUCAGCUGCGUGAUGAUUUGGCUGCUGCACGAGCUGUUUUGAAGAAACACUCAACUAUGCUGCUGACUGCUUCCAAGGUCUACGUGCGUCAUCCUGAGCUAGCAGCAGCCAAAGCCAAUCGCGAUUACGUACUGAAACAGGUCUGCGAAGCUGUCAACACUAUUAAUGAUGUGGCCCAAGGUAAAAUGCCUAUAGACAGUCAGCAUCCUUAUGAUGGACCUGGUGAACUCGCGGCUGCGCUUGAUGACUUUGAUGAACGAAUGGUCAUGUCCCCUCUUGCUUAUAACGAGGUACGCACUAGACCCAGUCUUGAGGAACGGCUUGAAAGCAUUAUUAGUGGCGCAGCUCUCAUGGCUGACUCUUCUUGCACUCGCGAUGAAAGACGCGAACGGAUUGUUGCUGAGUGCAAUGCUGUUAGACAAGCUUUGCAAGAUUUACUCAGUGAGUACAUGAAUAAUUUACAGCUAGCACGUCGACGGAAACGGAUGGGUGUCAAGGAGCAAUCAGAAGGCCUGGAGCGUGCUAUCGAUCAUAUGUGUCGCAAAACAAGGGACUUACGUCGUCAACUUCGCAAAGCUGUGGUGGAUCAUGUGUCUGACAGUUUUCUGGAGACCAACGUUCCGCUUCUGGUUUUGAUAGAAGCUGCUCGUAAUGGCAGGGACAAAGAAGUCGAAGAAUACGCUCUGGUAUUCACAGAGCACGCAAAUAAGCUCGUCGAGGUCGCGAAUUUAGUUUGCAGUAUGUCAGGCAAUGAGGACGGAGUCAAAAUGGUUCGUUACGCUGCGGCACAGAUUGAAAAUUUAUGCCCGCAAGUUAUAAAUGCCGCACGUGUGCUGGCAGCACGUCCGCGAUCAAGAGUUGCGCUAGACAAUAUGGAAGUAUUUCGUCAAGCUUGGGAGAAUCAAGUUCGCGUUCUUACAGAAGCUGUCGAUGAUAUCACGACAAUUGAUGACUUCCUCGCGGUAUCAGAAAAUCAUAUCCUUGAAGACGUUAAUAAAUGUGUCCUUGCACUACAGGAAGGUGAUGCUGAUACUCUAGAUCGAACUGCCGGUGCAAUACGCGGUCGUUCAGCCAGAGUUUGCAAUGUCGUUCAAGCAGAAAUGGACAAUUAUGAACCGUGUAUUUAUACUAAACGUGUUCUAGAAGCGGUCAAAGUUCUACGCGAGCAAGUGAUGCCGAAGUUUGCUCAGCGAGUUGAAAUUGCUGUUGAUGCGUUGAGUAGCAAUCCUGCUAAAGACGUCGAUGAGAAUGAUUUCAUUGACGCUUCAAGGCUUGUUUACGACGGUGUUAGGGAAAUUAGACGUGCUGUGUUGAUGAACCGCGCUGAUGAAGACCUAGAUCCUGAAGAUGUUGAACUAGACGAACACUACACACUGGAAACACGCAGCAAAUCUAGUGCGCAGACUGGAGAACAUGGCGUUGAUGAGUAUCCAGAGAUAAGUGGUAUCACUACCGCACGUGAAGCUAUGCGUAAAAUGCCUGAAGAAGAUAAACAAAAGAUUCUCCAGCAGGUCGAGUACUUUAGAAGUGAAAAACUUAAAUUUGAUAAGGAAGUUGCCAAGUGGGACGACGCUGGCAAUGACAUUAUUGUUCUUGCUAAGCACAUGUGCAUGAUUAUGAUGGAAAUGACAGACUUUACUCGUGGUCGCGGGCCUUUGAAAACUACCAUGGAUGUUAUUACUGCUGCUAAAAAAAUUUCUGAAGCCGGUACCAAGCUUGACAAACUCACAAGACAGAUUGCUGACCAGUGUCCCGAAAGUUCGACCAAAAAAGAUUUGCUGGCGUACUUGCAGAGAAUCGCGCUUUAUUGUCAUCAAAUGAAUAUUACUAGCAAAGUUAAAGCUGAUGUUCAGAAUAUCAGUGGCGAGCUGAUAGUGUCGGGCUUGGACAGCGCUACGUCACUUAUACAAGCCGCUAAGAAUUUGAUGAAUGCUGUUGUUCUUACGGUCAAGGCUUCUUACGUCGCUUCUACCAAAUAUCCUAGACAAUCAAACGUUACUUCACCAAUAGUAGUUUGGAAAAUGAAAGCACCGGAGAAAAAACCACUUGUGCGUCCAGAACGGCCUGAAGAAGUUCGCGCUAAAGUACGAAAAGGUUCACAGAAAAAAGUACAGAAUCCAAUUCACGCAUUAUCUGAAUUCCAAAGUCCAACGGAUACUGUAUAAAAUAAUUAACAACAAUAAUAAUAAAAAUAAAAAAAAUAAUAAUAAUAUAUUAUUAAAUGAAUUAUUAGAAAAUAUUAAAAAUUAUACUCAGUAAUCUAAAUUACUGAAAGUCUUAACUGUAAAAGUCUUUAAAUUAUGUUUCAUCGAGACUUGAUUUCUUUUUUUAUGUCUCGAAGAUUCAUUAAAAUCUUUACACUUUUAUAAUAAUUUACAUGGUUGUAUCGAGAGAUUUUACUCUUUAUUUUAGUACAUACACCAAUGAUCAAUUAUUUUUAAUUAUUUAUCUACUGAUAGUUAGUAACUUAUCUGCGGAUAUUUAUAAAUUUUUUGCGACAGAAAUAUUAAAUUUUUUUUUUUUUACUAGACCUGUCACGCCAAUCGGAAAAUUUCAGGAAAAUUUUUUAUUCACUUAAGUAAAAUUUACAUUGAAAAAUGAAUAAAAUAAAUCAACCAUAAAUUUGAUAAAAAGAAUUCUUUGGUGCAGUUCAUAAAGUAUGUCACGCAAAAUUUUAUUUGCGCCACAAAUGAUAGACCACCUCCCCUCCCUGAUUAUGACAGAAAUAUUCAUAUAUUCACAAAUAUGUAACGAAUGACUUUCUAUUGUAAGAAGAAAUAAAAUUUGAAAAAACCGCGGGAAAAAUUUGCAAAAUUUUUUGAUGAACUACGAACGUCGUGACGUAGUAUUCACGUUUCCUUAGACCCCCCGACCCCCCUUGUCACAUCGUAACACUAAGUGACACCUCCUCCUCCCCUAUAAGUGCGAACGUAUUUUAUGAACAGCUCUUAUAGAAAAAUAUCUUUUACUCACAAGCAAUAAAAACACAAACAUUCUGUACUGUAACACCAAAUAAUCUAAAAUUUUUAUUUAAAUAAAAGUGACAGUUCUAAAUAAACUGAAAGCUCAAUAAUAAAAAUAACUUUAAUUAAAUAUUUGAAUCAGAAAUGAAAUCACGAGACUGUUAAAGUAUUCAAAAAAAAAAAAAAAAAUGUACACGUACAUUAAACUUUUCUAUAAACUUUUUUUUUUAUAAAACUAAAUUUAAGUUUUUUAAACUAAUAAAUUUAUUCAUUAAUUAGAAAAUAAUUAUUAAAGUAUUAAUGUCGUAUUAAAAUAGAAAAUUAAAAAAAAAAAGUAAUUAAUAAACUAAAGCAAUCAAAGGCCUCAUUGGUUUGUACGAAUUUUCUACCAGUUUUAUACAAUAAUACUUGAUGGAACUAAAGAUAAACGUCAACAUAUCACUCUGUUUUUCUUUCGUCUAUUGAGUAAUUGCGACAAGACCAAACCUGAAUACUGGUACAAUACUAAUCAUUUUGUGCGCAUACCCAUGUGUUUUAUUUAGUUUAUUAAUCUAAAAAUAAUGAUAAUUCCACAGUACUUUAAGUUAUUACUUAUAAAACUAUUACCUAUUGCCAAUCAUUAACUUCCAUGAUUAAUAUUGUUUAAGUUCUUAUAAAAUAUAACUAUUCAGCACUUUUAACACACUCGUAUCUGAUACAAUAAUUAAUAUAAAUACGUAAUAAGUAUAAGUUUAAAGUAACACUAAUUAUUAAUUAUUUAUGAGUAUUAUAUAUAUUUUUUUUUAAUCAACAAAAAAUUAAGAAUUUAAAUUAGAGUUCCAAUUUAAUUGUAUAAUUUGUGGUAAAAUAUGUUUUUUUUAUUUUCAAUUCCA